AUGAUGACGAGAUCGGUGUCUUCUCGGGCUCGUGUGAUGACGAAACCGCUCGAUUUCGUAUAUGAUGACAAAACCGGUUGGGGUUGCGCUUCGGCAACACUUGUUUUCUCGGGAUCGUGCUUCGACGAAACCGGUUUGUUUUAUCGGGCUCGUGUGAUGACGAGACCGCUCGAUUUCGUAUAUAAUGACGAGAUCGAUCGCUCGAUUUCGUAUAUGAUGACGAGAUCGGUGUCUUAUCGGGCUCGUGUGAUGACGAGACCGCUCGAUUUCGUAUAUGAUGACGAGAUCGGUGUCUUAUCGGGCUCGUGUGAUGACGCUCGAUUUCGUCCUUCAGACCUCAGACCUUUCGGGCUCACCCCAAAGUCUGAAGGCAUUCCCAUCGGUUCGGACGCGACGGCUUCGCGUCGGCUUACUCCUCAUGGAUGA